AUGUCCUACCUCAUCCACGGCAGUACUUCACACACAGGUAUGGGCUGGGUGGACCAAGUCCCUCGCUGCGGAAAGCUCUUCAUCGGCGGCCUCUACGCUCUCUAUCAAACCGACCUAAUCCGCGCCGCCGGUAUAACACACGUUCUCUCCGUUAUAGACUACGAUCCUGCGCUGAAAGAGCGUUUUCCAGACUUGCAGCUGGAGCAUCUGCACAUCAGGGCCGAUGAUCAUCCGAACGAGAACUUGUUGCAGCAUUUCGAGGAGUGCGUAAAGUAUAUGGAUCGAGCUUUGAAAGAGGUGGACCAGAAAAGACAGGGUACGACAGAUGGAAGGAAGCAAGAAGAGGAGGGAACUGGUGGUGGCGUGUUUGUUCAUUGCGCCAUGGGCAAAUCAAGAUCCGCGACGCUGGUGGUUGCGUAUCUGAUGUGGAAAUAUAAUAUAGACGCAUCAACCGCGCUGGCCCAACUAGUCGAAGGCCGCCCCGUGUGUUGCCCGAACCCUGGGUUCCAAGAGCAAUUGGAAGUGUGGGAGAAGAUGUGCCAGAGCGAGACCGCGGAUGAGAAGAAGAAGAUCUACGAAGCGUGGGAGAAGACGAGGUUUACGGGCGAGUAUUGGGAAUGGGAUCAGAGGAGGAGUUUGAAAGCAAAUCUAUGA